AUACAAUACAAUACGCAGGAGUAAUAAGUUGCUGGAGGGUAGCCCAUGAUCCUUUAUCCUCGGCGGUGCCUGACUCGGUGAAGCAUCUAGGUUACGAGCAGUGCCCCGAAGGAUCAGCCUAAUGGGGAGAGUGAAUUGGUGGUGCUGACGGGUAGGUACGUACCCUUUUUCAUUUGCCAGCGCUGCCUGGAGCUCAUCGCCCCAUCUCAGCCUGAGCAGCCAGCUUGUCCCUCUUCACUUUGUGACCCGAACAGAUCCCUCUCUCUCUCUCCUCUCUUUGCCUAGGAGUAAAAAAAAAAGAGAAAAGAAAUAGGGAGUAUCCACGCGUCAGAUGAUAGACAGGUUGAUACACUAGUCAACCCGUUCGUCAACCGGAAACAAAACUACCUACCUGCCCUACAUCCCUGCCCGCGUUCUGAGCCAUGGGCAAGCCCUCAGACCACGAAGCGGGGCCCCACGACCUCUCGCUGCACAGCAACGUGGGUCAGAGCUCGACGAGACUCUACCGCGACGACGGCGACGAUGAUGACGAGCAGCCCUUCCUCGACGCCCCGGAGCCCGCCAUCGACGACCUGCCGCCGAACUACAGCGACGCAGUCGAGGCGUCGGGCGCCUCGUUUGCGCCGCCCACGGCCCCGGCCAUGGCGCCGCGGCCGAACAUCGGCGACGCCUCCUUCUUCGUCAAGGACGCACGGACGGGCGCGCUGCGGUGGGUGUCGCGGCCGCUCGAGGACCCGGCGCGACUCGAGGCCCACAUCGAGCAGCUGGCGGCGCUGCCGCCGCGGCCGUUCGUGCGCCUCGUCGGCAGGCACGAGGAGGCGCCGCGCUACAGCAAGCUUGAGACGGAACGCAGGGACGUCACCGACUUCGACGUGUGGGUCGAGCUGACGCCGUACCUGUAUGCCGACGCGACGCACCGGCGGGGCUGGCGCGAGCUGCGCACGGUCGAGAACGGCGAGAAGGCGCGGCGCGGCACGGUGCUGCGCAGGCGCGCGCCCGGCGCCGCGCGCCGCGCCGCCCACGGCCUCGAGGCCGGCGCCCCGCCCAAGCCGACUCUGCGCGAGUGGUGCCACAUGUACAGCGCGAGCCCGGCGGGGCUCAAGGUGUUCGCGCUGCGGCGGCGCAUGGUCGGCUUCAACGAGGCGCUGGUCAAGCGGCGGCUGCAGACGCUCGUGCGCGACACCAACUACCGCGGGCACCUGACGGUGAGCCUGGUGACGGAGGACGCGCUCGUCGAGGUGUACAACGAGGCGCGGACGAACCGGUGGCGGCUGACGGCGUGGGUGUGGUGGGUGUUCACGCUGACGCUGCUGUUCCUCUUCUCGUGGCCGUACCUAUGGCUGCGCACGAAGCGGUGGGAAGUGGUCUCGGCCGACUGGCACUUCUCGCGGACCGACGGCGCCGGCGCGAAGCAGUACGUCACCAUCAGCGAGGAGCAGUGGUAUAACCUCUGGGGCCGGGCCAUCUGCAAGGCGGUGCUGAAGAGGCGCCGGGGCAUGCUGGACCAGUCGGACCUGCGGCGAGCGCAGGAGCCGGACCCGACGUUCGUCAGUGGCAACGCGGCCGUCGGCGAGGCCGUCGACACUUUCCUAGCCAGCAUCCACGCCAUGAACGAGGUCAACCGACACCUGGGCUGGGGCGGAGACUGUUAAAAACAUUCUCCGGAAGCGCUUCGCCGUAUAUCAAGAUAUUUCUGGCCCGUCUGUGCUAUCGCUCUCGUUUGCUUCGCAUGUUGGUUUCUUCUCGGUUCAUUAUGGGAGACUGUCGCUCUUCUUACUGUUAUAUUGGGGAAAUGGUGCAUUACGACGCUGCUUCUAUGACAUAUUACCCGACAAUUAAUAUACACAGUAUUUCAUAAAGGAUCCCCUCCCGGAUCGUCUCAGUGCUUUGAUCCCGUAGAACAUAGUAGAAAAUUAGCACGACGACAACGGCGUCCGGCUUAUUCGUGCCUGCAGGUCGAGGUUCGCUUCGGCCUCUACUCUCCUUUUCUAAAACCCUGGCGUGAUUCCUCGCGGAGGCCUCGGAAAACGAAAUUCAACUGCUUAUUAAAGACAUAUCUACUAUUUCAAAGCAGUAAUCGCACUAUAGUAUGCAGUUGACAGUGUUUCUGGUCUCUUACCAAGCUCGA